CUACACACCAAAUUGAAACUCCAUUCCAGCUGAAAAUCAAAGACUCGGAAAAACUUUUCAAAAUUCGCCGUAGUACCCACGGAGGACGCGUGCUAAGUGGCGGAAAGUCGCGCACCACCAGAACCAGGGAUGCAACGCGCACGACGCGACGAGAUUAUGACAUUUUCGCUGUCAAGUAAAGUUACAGCUGUCUCGUCUGCUGGCCGCGAUCCCGAGCCUGUUGUUGUAAUUCACUGAAAUUUGUACUUUUGGCAAUGUUCUCCACCACCACACACUCCGUGCCCUACCUGUACCUUGGCAACUUUAGCAGAAAGCCGCACUACUACUCCGUGAACCGGACCAAGCUGCAUGGGAGCGCGAGUGCGACGCGCUUGUCCAAGUCCACGUACGCGUCCGCGUCCAGCCGGAGUCAUGACCUCGUGCUGGACUUCAGGAACCUGCUCAGCCGCUCGGGCGCCAGCUUACAGGGCAUGGUGGAGAGGGCGGCACGACUGAACGGCAUCCUCGACCGGCAGAUGGUCAACGAGGUGCUGGCCAAGGUGACCAGCAUGUUGCCCGCCAUGCGCGACGUUCGCGUCACGCUGGAGGAGCCGGCCACACAGAUCGGUCGUGUCCAGCUGCAAAAUUAUCAGUUCGAAGUUUCGCUAACCGGAGCAGCAGGUGCCCCGCCCACGGGUGCCAAUGUCAGGGUGAUUCCAACCAAAACGCAAGGUCUUCUACGUCCGCUCUUCUCCCAUCAACAACUGAAACACAUACGUGGCUUUAAAACGGAUCGCUCCAUUGAGGCGGAGCAGAAGCGGAAUCCCACAAUGACCUCCCGGCUGAAGAAUGCCCUGGCCAAUUCCCCCCAGCGCCUAGAGGGAGACACAUCUAUCCAGGCUGAAAAGUUGAGACGAUUGCUGGCGAAAACCGACGACCAUGGAUACAAUAAUGCCGAGAACUUGAAGAUUGCCUUUGCCGAGGGCUACUUGGCCGCCGCUAACGCUGAAGAUUCUCCAAAAUCUGGGAAAACUAUGAAGUAUCUUAAGACUUUGCAGACUCUCGUCGUUAUCGUCGUUUUUCUGGGCAUAUUCCUGAGUUUCUUCACCACCUCCAACGGAUCUGUCUUUCGCAGCAUACAGCUGGGCAACCAGGUGGAGGUGGAUCCGGAGGAGAUCAACGUCACUUUUGACGAUGUUAAGGGCUGUGACGAGGCCAAGCAGGAGCUGAAGGAGGUCGUCGAGUUCCUUAAGAGUCCCGAGAAGUUCUCGAAUUUGGGCGGUAAACUUCCAAAGGGUGUGCUCCUGGUUGGACCCCCGGGCACAGGCAAAACUCUGCUGGCCCGUGCCGUCGCCGGUGAGGCCAAAGUUCCUUUCUUCCAUGCUGCCGGUCCGGAGUUCGACGAAGUUCUCGUUGGUCAGGGUGCCAGACGUGUCCGCGACUUGUUCAAGGCAGCCAAAGCCCGAGCACCUUGUGUGAUCUUCAUCGAUGAGAUCGACUCGGUUGGCGCCAAGCGAACCAACAGUGUUCUUCAUCCAUAUGCCAAUCAGACCAUUAAUCAGCUGCUUUCCGAAAUGGAUGGCUUCCACCAAAACGCCGGCGUCAUUGUUUUAGGAGCCACCAACCGUCGCGACGAUUUAGAUCAGGCAUUGCUGAGACCCGGUCGCUUUGAUGUGGAGGUCGUGGUGUCCACGCCCGACUUUACCGGUCGCAAGGAAAUCCUUUCCCUGUAUCUGACAAAGAUUUUGCACGACGAAAUCGAUCUAGACAUGCUGGCGCGUGGGACCUCUGGAUUUACGGGAGCAGAUCUGGAAAACAUGAUCAACCAGGCAGCGUUAAGGGCCGCCAUCGACGGUGCCGAAACAGUAAGCAUGAAGCAUUUGGAAACGGCACGAGACAAAGUACUUAUGGGACCCGAGCGAAAGGCUCGUUUGCCGGACGAGGAAGCCAACACCAUAACCGCUUACCACGAGGGCGGCCACGCGAUUGUCGCCUUUUACACGAAGGAGUCGCACCCGCUGCACAAGGUGACAAUCAUGCCCCGCGGACCCUCACUUGGCCACACCGCCUACAUACCGGAAAAGGAGCGCUACCAUGUCACAAAACAGCAGCUGCUGGCCAUGAUGGAUACGAUGAUGGGCGGCCGUGCUGCGGAAGAACUCGUCUUUGGAGCGGACAAGAUCACGUCGGGAGCCAGUAGCGAUCUCAAGCAGGCCACCUCGAUUGCCACACACAUGGUCAGAGAUUGGGGUAUGUCCGAUAAGGUUGGUCUUCGCACCAUUGAGGCGUCAAAGGGUUUGGGCACUGGCGACACCCUCGGACCCAACACCAUCGAAGCCGUGGACGCCGAGAUCAAACGCAUCCUCAGUGACAGCUACGAACGGGCGAAGGCCAUCCUGCGGAAACACACCAAGGAGCACAAAGCGCUGGCGGAGGCGCUUCUUAAGUACGAGACGCUGGACGCUGACGACAUCAAGGCAAUAUUGAACGAAAGCCAGACGUAGUCCCCCUUUAAUGUGGAUUGAAGCAUCCAGAGGGAAGACCAGGGGUGGCCUUCCAUGGACAUUCAGCUGAACUGCUAAAUAUUUUUUAGUUACAAUAUAUACAAAAAAAAAAUGGAAAAAGAGCCAAGCCAGAGCGAGACGCAGACGGACAGUUAAGAAAUAAAAUGUUACACAUAUUUAA